CUUUCAAAUCCUGAAGGAAAACACCAGCUUUGAUUAAGCCCAGAGGGAUCACACAUCAUGCCAAAAACUGAUGCAGGAGAGAAGGUCCUUUGUGAGCUGGGCUACAGGCUGGGUCACACAUUAGGGGAGGGCACCUUCUCCAAGGUGAAAGCAGCCACCUCGAACAAAUACAAGGGCCCCUUAGCCAUCAAGGUGGUGGACCGACGGCGAGCACCGCCAGCCUUCAAGUACAAGUUCCUGCCCCGGGAGCUCUCCAUCAUGCGCAAGAUCCGGCACCCCAACAUUGUGCGCAUCUUCGAGCUUAUCGAGGUCUCCAGUGGGAAGGUCUACAUUGUGAUGGAGGCAGCAGCCACUGACCUGCUGCAGCUGGUGCAGGAGCUAGGGAAGCUACCCUGUGUCCCCAAGGCCCGGGACAUCUUUGCACAGGUCGUGGGAGCCGUGCGCUACCUGCACGACCGCAACUUGGUGCACCGGGAUCUCAAAUGUGAGAACGUGCUGCUCACGGCUGACGGCCGCCGGGCCAAACUCAGUGACUUUGAUUUUAGCAAAGAGGCAAACAGCUACCCGGACCUGAGCACCACGUUCUGUGGGUCAGCAGCCUACGCUUCCCCGGAGAUGCUGAUGGGCCUCCCCUACGACGCCAAGAAGAACGACAUGUGGAGCCUGGGGGUGAUGCUCUACGUGAUGGUGACCGGCUGCAUUCCGUUUGACGAUACCCACAUCUGCAGCAUGCCCCAGCAGCAGAAGAAAGGGGUGCUGUACCCGGAGGGGCUGCCCCCGCUGCCGGAGCCCUGCCAAACCCUCAUCGCCCAACUGCUCCAGUUCAGCCCGGCCUCCCGGCCCGGUGUGGGGCAAGUGGCCAAGAAUAGCUGGCUGAAAGGGGACAUCUGA